GUACCUGCUGGCAUGAAGUUUUUCCUCCAAUACAUGGGCUUCUUUUUUGCCUUUUUCUCUGCUUUGUUUUUGAUAAUAUCUACCUGGACAGACUGCUGGAUGGUGAAUGCUGAUGACUCCCUGGAGGUGAGUACAAAAUGCCGUGGCCUGUGGUGGGAAUGUGUCACAAACGUUUUUGAUGGGAUCCAAACUUGUGAUGAGUACGACUCCAUCUACGCCGAGCAUUCUGUGAAACUGGUGCUGACCCGAGCCAUGAUGAUAACAGCAGACCUCCUGUCAGGGUUUGGAUUUCUCUUCCUGGUCCUGGGACUGGACUGUGUGAAAUUCCUUCCCGAUGAGCCACUCAUCAAGCUGCGCAUCUGCCUGGUGUCUGGGGUUAUGUUGCUCCUUGCAGGUCUCCCUGGCAUCACGGGCUCUGUGUGGUACGCCGUGGAUGUCUAUGUAGAGCGCUCCUCUCUGCUCUUCCACAACGUGUUCCUGGGCAUCCAGUACAAGUUUGGUUGGUCCUGCUGGCUUGGCAUGGCGGGGUCACUUGGCUGCUUCUUAUCCGGGUCCCUGCUCACCUGCUGCACCUAUCUCUUCAGAGAGACCAGUUCUGGAAGAUUCCAUUCUGCCUACUCCUUGAGGAAAGGCUAUUCCUCAGCUGCGACCAUCAUGACAAACGUGCAUUUGCCAUCCUCACAAACAGCCACCUCCAAAAUGUAUGCGGUGGACACAAGGGUGUGA